GCUGGACCGCCAAGCCAUUAAACUACUAUUUCUUUAAUUUAAUUAACUCGGAAAAAAGUGCUAUUAUCUUUAGAAUGAAUCCUUGUUCUGCUGCUACUCCUCAGAUAGAUUCAGAAGGUGACGGAAGAUGGAACAGUAUUCACAACCGAUUCUUGUCCGAUGCAAAAGGAAAAGAUGCCGAUGUUAUUUUUAUAGGGGAUUCAAUAUUACAAGCCCUAGAACAUACUGAAGUGUGGAAUCAAUGGUUUGCUCCUCUUCACUGCCUUAAUUUUAGCAUACACAAAGAUCAGACCCAAAAUGUGUUGUGGCGCAUAAAAAAUGGAGAACUUGAUCAUGUUGAACCUAAGGUUGUAGUAGUGCAUGUGGGCACAAAUAAUGUUGAACAUACUCCGGAGCAGGUAUGUGAGGGUAUUUUAGAGAUUAUAAGAACUAUUAGAGAGAAACAUCCAAGUGCUUCAAUUGUACUUCCUAGUCUACUUCCACGUGGGCAGUAUCCAAAUGUGUUGAGAGACAAAAACUCUAAGAUUAAUCAACUUUUAAAGGAGAAAGUUUCCAACAUGAAUAAGGUGGAGAUGGUUGCAAUAGAUAAAGGUUUUAUUCAAAAUGAUGGCACUAUAAGUCAUCAUGAUAUGCAUGACUAUCUUAUUCCUACAAAUGCAGCUUGUCGUAAAGCUUUUGAACCAGUAUACGAUCUUCUACAGCAGAUAUUAUCUGAAGGUGAACCAGAAAAGGAUUUAACACCCUCUGAAUAGAGGUUUUUAAUAACUAUUGAUUAUGAAUUUUGUAGCUUUUUAUUGUGCAGCAGGCUCAUUGUGAU